GGUGAAUCCCAAAUGCAGAGAGAAACCACUGCAGAACCGGUGGGAUCAGCACAUGAAAAGGAAGGUGGUGACCAGGCAGAGGCAGAAGUGGCAGCAGAUGCUGCAGGUGGUGACCAGGCAGAGGUGGGAGCUGUAGAAGAUGAGUGUGGAGAAUGGGCAGAUGUGGAAGCCGCAGAGGAUGAGGAUGAGGAAGGUGGAAACCAGGCAGAAGUUGACAUGCCAGUUAAGAGACAAAGAAGAGAAUGUCAGUUCUGUGAGCGCAACAGUGCAGAAGUUAACCGUCUGUUGCAGGAGAACAGGGAGCUUAGGUGUGAGCUGAACAAGAGAAAGAUGGAUGAGGACUUCUUAAAGGGUGACACAAAUAAGGUCAGGUACUACACAGGAAUUCCAUGCUUUGCAAUUUUAUUGUCUUUGUUCACCACUGUUAAGGCUUUCCUGCCAGUUACCAAAAAGUUGUCAUCCUUUCAAAUGCUUUUGUUGACACUCAUACGUCUGAGGCUUGAUCUUCCUGUACAGCACCUUGCCCAUCUCUUCCAUGUGUCACGUAAUACUCUUUCUACUGCCUUUACUGACACCAUAGAUGUUUUAAAUGCACGGCUUAAUCCAUUGGUGUGCUGGCCAGAGAGGCAUUGCUUACAAGCUACAAUGCCGCAUCAAUUUUUGGAAGCUUUUGGGAAACGUGUUGCUAUUAUAGUCGACUGCUUUGAAAUACGCACAGAACGGCCAUCAAAUCUAAAGGCACGGGCACAGGCCUUUUCUCAUUACAAAGUUACACACACCAUGAAAUACCUCAUUGGUAUUACACCACAAGGUGCCAUAUCAUUUAUUUCCAAGGGAUGGGGUGGGCGUGCCUCUGACAAGCACAUAACUGAGAACUGUGGCCUUCUCAACAAACUGUUACCUGGUGACUUAGUGCUAGCUGAUCGGGGCUUUGAUAUCAAGGAUAGUGUGGGGAUGAUGUGUGCAGAGGUCAAAGUUCCUGCGUUCACUAAAGGAAGAUGUCAACUUGACGCUAAGGAUGUGGAAAAUACACGUGCAAUAGCACACCUGAGGAUUCACGUUGAAAGGGUGAUUGGCAGUUUGCGCAACAAGUACACAAUGUUACAUAAGAGAAUACCAAUUAGUUUGUUACUGCCAUGUGAGGGGGAGGAGAUGACACUUCUUGACAAGAUAGUGAAUGUUUGCUGUAUACUUCUUAACAUGUGUCCCAGUGUGGUUGCGAAACCAGAUGAAAAUGAAAGAUGUGCAUGUUAAAACGGUUUCAUUGUAAUGUUGUAAAUAUGUAUAUUACUGUUGUAGACAUAUAUUCAUUUUGAUGACAUGUUUGUAUACUUAAAUAGUUCUAUUGAAAACAGAUGACACAAUAAGAAUUUCUAGAAAAAUUUGC